AUGAAUAAAGAGAAGAGGGUUUACCGGCAAGGAAGAAGGAGCUACCGAAAGAAGAAAAGCCUAUACACCAUUGAGGAUGAUGCCAUAGAUGAAGAGAGUACAUCAAAAGAUGACUUCUAUGAGGGAGAAAGAGAAUUUAAUCUCUUUAUGGCAUUAGAUGAACCAGAAAAUGAAGAAGAAGAAGAUGAGGACAUUGAAGGUGAGGUGGACCUAGAAGGUGAACUCAUAAGUGCACUUAAAGAGUUAAGUAAAAGAAGAAAAGAACUCAAGAAAGUCAGGAAUGCUGCUGCAAAAGAACAAGGUCAGUUGGAGGAAUCUCUAAAUGAGUCAAAGAAGAUGAUUUCUGACUUGAAACUCCAACUAGAAGAGGUUAAGAGGAUUUGUGAGGUAACAUCCUCUGAAUUGAUGAAAAAGGAGAAGGAGCAUCAAGAUCUAGAAGAAGAAAUUGUAAAGCUCAUAAAGGAGAUUGAAAAGAGAAAGGAAGAACUGAAGAUGAGAAUCAAGUAUGAAGGCAAUAUUGAAGCCUUCGACAAGAUGUUGAGCAAACAAAAUCACUCAAAAGAUGUCAGUGGUUUAGGAUUUUAA